ACCGCCUCUAUCAACAACAACAAACAGUCGAAGCAUUCCUUUCUCGAGAGCGGACCUACAUUGCGAGCGCGCACUGCCUCACUAUAGAGAUACAGCAUACUAGAUCUGAUUAUAAAACCAUGGAGGUUUUAUACCAACCGGAGCCACUGUACCCCCAUCAGACUUCAAUGAUUCACCACCAGGGGCAUAUGCAGAGAUUGUAUGUGUCUCCCAAAGACAUAUACACGUGCUACUCUUAUGAUGCAUCACCUUCCCGGACCCCAACCCCAGAACAGCCCGCCAAGUCCUACAGCCCCCCUGUCCCCACCCAAGGGAGGACUCUUCAGUCUGUUCUUAUGGGGGAGGUCCCAGCAGCAUAUUCUCAUCUCACAAGCCAAAGGUGCUCCUCAGCUAAUGUUAUGAGCGAGGGUCAACUCCAGACAGAACCCAUGGAUCUAUCCUGUAAAAGGAGUCCUAACCCUCACACGGACUAUUCGUCUGAUGAUUCUCAAAGCAGUUCACAGGGCGAGUUUUCUCUGCUGAGGAACUUGUUGAGUGUUGGCAAAUCUUCCCACGAAGCAGUACCCAGGAAUUGUGAAUCUCCGUGUGACUAUUACUCUCGUCAGCCUGUAUCAGGAUCCACACGAGUCACACUAGCAAAGAAAAACAUGUUCCCAGUGUGUUCUAGAGUGUCUGACUGGCUCCUCAAAGUUGUCAACUUUGCUAAAUCUAUUCCCGAGUUUCUCAACCUCUCACACAAUGACAAAGUUACGCUCAUUCUUAAUUCCUGGAGUCGUCUGCUUCUUUUGUACAUGGCUGAGAGCAACUUCCAGUUCGCCGUCACCCCAAUCAUCAACAUGUCCGAUGUGGAACUGGCCGACAGCCCUGCUUCCGAUGAACCCACCAUGAAAGCAGUUGAGGGAAUCCAAACCUUUAUCCGGAAGUGCCAACACAUGAAUGUCGAAGGAAAGGAAUAUGCUUUCCUCAGAAUGCUCGUGCUGUUCAAUGCAGGAUAUAUUGGGCUUGACCGAUCUGAGAUAGUGGACCAGUUGAAUCUGACAGUUCAACAGAUGCUGCAGCAGCACGUGCGAGUCACGCGACCUGAUGACGUCAUGCACUACUCUCGUCUCUUGUUGUGUCUGCCAUCUCUCUAUGGACAGAAUAGCAAAAUGAUUGAAAAUCUUUUUUGCCGUCACAUUACGCAAAAAAUGGACAUGGAAGUUUUACUGAAGGAGAUGUUGCAGAACAUUUAAAAGGGAGAUAAAUACUGUGGACUCAAAAGUGAUGAUGUCAUCGUAAUUUAUACUUCAUUAUGAGUACAUUCCCUGUCACGUGACAUUUGGUCACUUGAGAGACUGCUUCGAAAGCAAACUGUCCAUCCAUUUCAUAAUUUAUUAUUUUUCACUCAAUUGCAGCAUUUUAGGACCACGUGCAAUUUCAUUUGCAUCUCUGAUAUCAUUUACUUGAGCUAUUUAUAACUGGUUGACAACUGAGAACUACGAGUAUCUCACUGGAUGAAGAUGUAUAGGAUUCGCCAUUCGCAUCAACUUGCCAUAUGUUCGAGAGAUCAGCGCGUGCGAGUGGUGAAGCUUUGUGAAACGAUGUGAGACAUGUCAAUUUCAUUCUUUAUGGGAGAGAAUGUAGCGAGCCGAUGUGUGUAAUUUAUUUAUAUCCAAUGUUAGAGCUCUAGAUUAGUAAUAAGUUUAUUAUGUGAGUGAAUGUGGUGACUGAUGUUGCUGAACAAAGUGCUGUACUGCUAAACGCUGAUAUUUCCUGGUCAUUUUUCUAUUAGCGGUCUCUCUUGUCUGAGGCAAGUACGUUCAAGACCGGCUUAUGUAUGUAUCACAUGACACUUGAAACGUUUAUUUCGCCCCAAUCCAUCUCACCGCAGGAACGGUAGUGACGUCAUGCUCACUGUGCUGCGCGCGCAUCACCCCCCACGAUCCCAAAUCAUAUGCACUCAUUUCAUGAUUUUAUGCAUACAUUUUUCUUAUGCAGUGUGACGUAUGCCCUGUGUGUGUCUGAUGUUAAAGCGUAUCUUGUAACAAAACUUAUAUUUUCAUACUCAAAAUUCAUAUUUUGCAUAAUAAGAUGUGACAGUUCCAACGAGUUUGAAAGUUUAAGGAUCCUUGCUAAGAGCUACUCCUUUUUGGAAGCCAGUCAAGAAUUUCAACUAUUUAAUAAUUUUGCCAACUAUACCACGAGGGUCAGUGAAUUGUAUUUUGUUGUAAAUGGAGUUUAACAAGGUUACGCUCUUGGUCCGUAUGAUUUAAUGUAAGAUGCGUGAAUGUAAAGAGUGAUGACUGCUAUGGUGGUAUGUUUGACUCGGUAGUUCAGCAUAUACAUGUAUUUACUUUAGUUGUGAAUGUAGACUUAAUUUAUUAAAAAAUAAAUUAUUUUUGAAGAGACAAAA